UUUUAGUUAUGUUGGCCUUUUACCCUGAAGGACUUCUCACCUUUUUAGUUUCUUGAAAUGUCUCGCUAUGGCGCCACUAUGUCACCACUGUGUUCUUUUGGUGAAAAUCCCUUGUAAAUCAGUGUCUGUAAUAGCCGUGCUGAAUAAUUGCAAUCGCACCACUCAACUGCUCAGAGCCAAAAACUAAAUAUAGAUACGGAGAUUGACUGGGUUGCUUACAUGCAAGAAGUGGAAGGUGUGGUGAAUGGAACGUUCGAUUAUACAGAGCUCAAGGGUGACACUGGACCUCUUGUGUAUCCUGCUGGAUUUGUGUACAUCUUCAUGGUGCUAUACUACCUGACCAAUCAUGGGGCCAACAUCCGGGUCGCUCAGUACGUCUUUGCUCUUCUCUAUCUUCUCACCCUGGUCCUUGUGUUCAAUAUCUACAGGAAAGCAAGAAAGGUUCCACCCUAUGUGUUUUUCUUCAUGUGCUGCGCAUCUUACCGCAUCCACUCCAUUUACAUUCUCCGACUAUUCAAUGAUCCAGUGGCCAUGAUAUUCCUUUAUGCAGCCAUCAACUUGAUGAUAAGCAACCAGUGGGCAUGGGCAUGUAUACUGUACAGUGUUGGUGUGUCGAUCAAGAUGAAUGUGCUCCUCUUUGCCCCUGCCCUCCUCAUGUUACUGAUCUUAGCUAAAGGAAUGCGUGGAACCAUAUCACAUCUUAGUCUCUGUGCUUCUGUUCAGGUCUUAUUAGGACUUCCAUUUUUGUUGAAAAACCCCGUUGGCUACAUCCAGCGAGCGUUUGACCUGGGGCGACAGUUCACCUUCAAAUGGACAGUCAACUGGCGGUUCCUUCCAUUGGACAUUUUCCUUAAUCGUCAUUUCCAUGCUGGAUUGUUAGCACUUCACUUAGUCGUGCUCGUCUACUUUUUUUGGUGUAAAUGGAGCAUUUUGUACGGUGGACCACGGCGACUUCUCAGCUGGCAGCCUGUGAUGAAAAUACUAGAUGUCAAUGAUAUUUUACUGCCCCUUUUUACUGCCAAUUUCAUUGGUGUGGUGUUCAGCCGCUCACUUCACUUCCAGUUUUAUGUAUGGUAUUUUCAUACACUGCCGUAUCUGUUAUGGUCAACGAAUCUGCCGGUGGUGGCGCGGCUUCUAAUCCUUGGUGUGAUCGAGCUGUGUUGGAACACGUACCCUUCAACUGUCUACAGCAGUGGUGCUUUACAUGUUUGUCAUUUGGUUAUCAUGGUCGGCCUUGUCUUUUUCCCUGGCCCGAAGAGCUCUGAAAAGGAGGACGAAAAGGAGGAUUAGUGUGCAGCUUUAUUGGCAUGGACUGGUGUUUUUGUCUUCAAAAAGCAAAAGAUGGAUUUUGGAGGCUCUACUUGUUCAUGAGCCAGACGUUACGACAGAAGUAGAUCGCUGGCUAGAUACUUAUGACAUAAGUCUUCAUGCCGAGUUGUAUGUGAUUAUCAGUGUGGUGAAUUGUCCAUGUAUUGUUUACAUAUUUGAGUGAAUGAAAAAUA